AUCAAAAAAUGGCUGCAGAACAAAGAAAGCUUUUAGAACAAUUAAUGGGUUCAGAUAUUAUGGGUUCCUCUCAUCAACAAUCUAUGUCUUUUACAAGCCCAAAAGUUUGUAGAAGCUUUCUUUGUGGAGAUUGUCCUCAUGAUAUGUUUACAAAUACAAAAAUGGAUUUAGGACCUUGUGCUAAAAUACAUUCUGAUAAGUUGAAGGCGGAUUACCAGAAAGCACGUUUAAAGAAGGAUUAUGGUUUCGAAUAUGAUUAUUUAAGGGAUCUUAAUAAAUACAUUGAUGAAUGUAACCGUCGUAUUGAAUCUGCGCAGAAGAGAUUAGAAAAAACACCUGAAGAGAUGGCAAAAGCAAGUCAGCUUACUAGAGAUAUGGCAGAGUUUGAAAAAAUUAUUGAUACUGCUUUAGAAGAGGUCCAAGUUUUAGGUGAGCAAGGUGAAGUUAUGCGUGCAGUAGAAGAAUAUUAUAAAGUUGAAAAGUACAAAAUUGAUCGGCUCGAGCGUGAAAAAGAGCUAAAAUCGAUUUCUACCAACAGUGGAUCAUUAGGACAUCAAAAACUUCAAGUUUGCGAUGUUUGUGGAGCAUAUUUAUCACGAUUAGAUAAUGAUAGACGAUUAGCAGAUCAUUUUGGAGGAAAACUUCAUAUGGGAUAUAGUAAAAUGAGGAAUCUUGUUGUUGAAUUGAAGAAAGAACUGGAUUCUAAAAGAUAUAAUGAAAGUAUUCAUAACUCAUCUGAUCUGGAACAAAACGGACAAAGCUAUAGUUCAAGGGCUAGCAAGGGAAGAAGCCGAAACCAUAAAAAAAGUGGCUUUGAUGAUAAAUAUCGUAGUUAA